UGCUUGGUUACUCUACUCCAAAACGAAACACAUCUGACCCACGAACCACUCUGCAAUCUCUUCGACUCAAUCGUACAGACUCCACCUCCCUUGACUCUCGCAUCCGUAUCAUCGCGCCCGGGCAACUAUGUCCUCCAAGAAAACCGCCGCCACCGAAGCUCAAAUCCUCACCUCAUUCCUCCUCUCCCGGUCCACGCUCAAGGACAUCAUCAGCUUCCGCGAGUUCGCCGAGCUCUUCCCGCGUGAGAAGCGCAGUCAUCCCCAGGUGAAGCACCUCUACCGCGUACUCUUGUCCCUGCGCCAGCGACAAUGCGAGCAGGUGCGGCGGAAGAUCCAGAGUGAGGCUGCUACGGUGAUUAAGCGCGUGAAGGAGGGGAGGAAGGGGGAGGUUGAUGAAGAGGCUAUGGUUGGAAUUGAGUUGUUCGGUGCUGCGCCCGAAGAGAAUAUGCUCCCGCUCAAGGAGCUACUGAAGCAGAUGGAGCGUGCGGCGGACGAUUUGGAGAUCGAGCAGGUGACGAUAGGUGACGAGUGCGAUCUGAUACUGGAGGAGCUACGGAAUAUCGUUGGAGAUCUCAGUGAUCUGCGGUAUGGAAAGCUGGCGUCUUCAGCAACUGAGGAGCAGGUUACCAGGGAGAUCAAUCAUCUCGUGUCUGUGUGUGAGAACAUCGGGGGUACUGCCACCGCCACCUAGAGACGUUGGAUCACCGUAAAAAAAUCUGGGUCGUGACGGUAAAUGAGAUCAAAGAAAAUCUGCACCAAACCGGCAGGAUUACAACGCGUCCGGCUGGGAAAGGAGGGUGGG